UUAAUUGCACAUGAAUAUAUGUAUAUAAAAAAAAUCCAUGCACAAAGUUGAUUUCACAUUUGUGUUAUUAGUUUUAAGAGAGGAGUAAUUCUGAAUAAAUUGGCUGAGAAUAAUAUCGCACAUUUAUAUUUGUAUAUUACUUUACUCUGAUACAAGGAAAAUAUGCUUCAAGUUUUUUGCAUUUGGGUACAUACAUAUCUUACUUUCCACGCUUGUACAGAAAAUUAGAAUUCAAAAAGCAAUUAAUUUAAAAGUUACUUCAAAAAUGCAAUAAAUGAAAUAAAAAUUUUCAUUGAAAAAAGAUUUUACUGUAAAUAAAUUUAAAAACACGACAUCGCUAAAAGAAUUUAGCGUUCAAAUAUGUAUAGAAAAACAAAUCAAAUAAUAAGCAACCUUGAGAGUUGAGAUGUCGUGGAUUUCGGAUUUAGCUGACAGAGCAGAAAAUAUUUUAAAUAAAAUCGAUCAAAAUGCUGCUACCGUCCUCAAUCCUUCCACUCCUACAAAAAAAUCAGAAAAUGAUGACUUUAUUUCAUCAAGUAAGCAAGACAUUAAGCAAAUACCUUCUACAAGCAAGAAAGAUCCAUUUUCUCCAAAAAAUCACUUAAAAGACGAAUCGAAUGCAUUUCAAUCAACUUUAAAUUAUAAUGAUUCCGAAAUUCCUGAUUUGAACCAUGAACCUACUAUGAACAGUGAUUAUAUAGCAAAUAAUGAGUUAGUAGCUUUUAAAAUUGCAUUAGCGGAAGUAACAGCAGAAAACGAUGAGCUGAAAAAUGAAAUUUCUGAUCUAAAGAAAGAACUCAAAACUGCUAAAGCUGAAACGAGAAUUCAAGAAUUGAACGAAUUUUUGGAAUCAUUAACAUCAGAAAAAAACGAAUUGAGUGAAAAACUGAAAGAAGCUUUGUCAACAAAUGACGUUUACAUUAAAAAUAUAUCCGAAUUGGAAAGUAGUUUAGCAAAAAAAAGGCAAGAUUUAUACGAUGUAAGUGAAAAAUUAAAAAACCAAACAAGAGAAGCUGAACAAAAAUCAGCAGACCUAGAAAACUAUCGCAAAAAAGCACAAUCUACAUUACAAAUGAAAGAUAAAAUUAUUGAGGAAUUAAAGCAAGGAAAUAUUUCUCGUAUUGAAAAUUUUGAGCCAGAUGAAAAUAAAAUCCAACAAAUAGAUAUUGAAAACAUGAAACAUGAUAUUGUUAUAAAAAACAAUCAAAUUUUAGAAUUCCAGCAAGAAAUAGAAGAGUCUAACAGCUUAAUUGAAAAUUUACAAAAAGAAUUGAAAAAUAAGGAAACUGAAAUAGAAAAUAUGCGAAAUGUUUUAAUGAAUAAUUUAAAAAUUGAACAAGAAAAAUCAUCAAAUUUGGAAGCUGAAAUGAAAUUAUUAAAUCACGAAAUAUCUGCAAUUCGACAAGAAACUAACCGUCAAAGACAAAUGCAUAUUGCUCAACUUCAUGAAAAAGAACAACAGAUUAUUAAAUUAAGAAAAGGGAACGCUGAUUAUCAAGCGGUAGGUGAUUCGAAUAACGUAGAAGCCAGACUUCAAUCUCUUACACAAGCUCUUUUUCAAAAGCAAACCACUCUUGAAACAAUUACUUCAGAAAAAAAUGCAUUAAAAUUGCAAUUAGAAAAAGUGGAGGAUCAGCUAAGGCAUGUAAUAAAUCAAGGAAGACUUUCCAAUCAACAGUUAAUUCACGUAAAUGAUACUGACGAUGCAAAAGCUCAGUUUCCAAUUUUGAUGAGGGAGAACCCUUUUGACACCAGAGUGACGAGGCGAGUAAAAAGAGCUUAUAGUUCUUUGGAUUCAGCUGGUAUUAGAGUUGGAGUUUUUCUAAGACGUUAUCCAUUGAUUCGAAUUGCAGUAUUGAUUUAUAUUGCAAUGGUUCACUUGUGGGUUAUUUUUGUAUUAUUUUCCUCUACACCGUCCUAACAUUGGGCAAUAUUUUAAGCAUCACAUUCUAGCAUCAACAAACGUUAGAUAUAAAUAUAUAUGGAUACACGGCAACACACGUAUAUGUACAAAUAUCUGGUUGAAAAUUCCAUUGAAAAUGAUAAAACAAAAUAAUUAAAUUGUACGAUAAAUUUAAUUUAGGUAUCAUUCAAUAAUAUACAUAAAAACUAGAAAAUAAUUAUACGUUAAUAUAUCAUACAAAAUAAACGUUAAUAUUGUAGUGGCAUAAAA